UAUGUAUUCAAAUUUACUGAUGUAUGCACUGUUAAUUUUACAGGCCAGCAAUUUUUGUUCGCAGCUUGUAACAUAUUUGAUUAUUUUCUGCUUAUAUAAGCUUUGUGACAAACAUAGAAUAUUUUUCCUGAGGAAAAAGAAAAAUGCAAUAAAGAAAAAAUGACAACGAAAUACAGUAAAGACUGUAUAACUAAAAACAUCGUUUUCAUUAAAGAAAACAUAGCUUCUGUAGAUAGACUGUUAGAUAUUUUACUGGAGGGAGAUGUUAUACAGAUGCACGAGAGGGAAGAUGUUGUAGCUAAGAUGCCCGGGGAACGGGUUCACCAUAUGAUCGACAUUGUUCUAAAGAGAAGGGCACAACACAUCUUCAUUGAUGCUUUAAAAAGAACCGGACAGACACUGAUCGUAGAUAGAAUCUUAACAACACAAAAAGAACUCGCUCAAAUAAAGGAACCAAAACCCCACACGAUUUCCUUACUAACACCGAAGAUCGCAACCUAUGCGCCUUUCCACCGAGAACACAUAAGUUUGUGGCAACCGAAAGAAAAUAUGAUAGAGAGAAAGUCACAUGAUGAAUAUAAAAGCCUGUUAGAAAUCAAACGACAAAACGAGGCUAGGAUAAAACAACUAGAACACGAAAUGGAGAAGGUAAAAAGGACUGAGAAAAAAAGAUACAAACAGUUGGAAAAGGAAUACAAAGAACUGACAAAAAACAACAAUGAACUAAAAGCAAAAGUAGACGAACUGAAGAUUCAACUUAAUGCACGUGAUGAAUUUAUCAAAACGGCCAGGAGUAGGUCUAGUUAUGGACAAGACGAGGUUGAUUCACCCGUGAAAAACUCUGACAGGACCUUUCUUGAUUUAAAGAAAUCACAAGAAAACUUUGAAAACAAACUUAUGAAGGAAAUGGCAAAAGGUCAGCAGCAAUUACUAAACAUCGUUCAAGAAUUAUCACAGAAAAAUGUGAUACAAGAAAUAAAGCUUGCCGAAGCCACCGACAAACUGGAGACAGCCACGGCAAAGCUAAAUUCUGUAGCCGAGAAGAUUGACAAUCGGCUUGAUGGACACGACGGCCGUAAAUCUACGUCAAAAUCCAACGGAUCGACCAACUUGAGCGAAAUGACUUUACCGCCAUUAAAUAAAUUGGGCAAACAUUUUUCCGAUGCACUACCACGUCAAAAUACAUUUAUGGAUGGUGUUGGCGUGCCUCAUAAAUUCAAAGAGUGAUUUCAAUUUUUUUAUUUGAAAGACUGCUUUUGAUAAAUUCUGUAUGUUCGAUAAAGUAAUGUACCCGUUAAGAAGAGGUCGCGUCCUUUUUCUUAAAUAAGUGUGAAACCAAUGUUAGUUCAUUUAAGAAUAAUUUAGUUUUGGAUGUAACACGUCUUCUGAUUGGCUGAAAGUUUUUUGUCCAUCACCUCAUAGACAUGAUUUUGUCAUGCGACCGUGACGUCAUCAACGUUUUUUCAUUAUUUACUCCUUAGAAAUGGAAUUUAGAAUCAAAUCAUAAGUGUAAUAUUUUUUCAGUCUAUUCGAAAUAACCUCAAAAAUGUGGUGACACUUUUUAAUAACACGCUACGCGGGUUAUUCAGUGUUCACUUCAUUUUGGAUAUUUUUUCUUCAUAGACAGGAAAAAUAUAACAGUCAUUCCUUAAAUGAAACAUAGUUUUUUUGGUGUAGGAAAAGCGAAAAAAAUCUCAUAAUCUAUAGAUUUACACACUAGAUCAAAACUCAUUUCUUGACUAUGAAGGUUGCAGUUAUAUUAUUACAAAAGUACGUUACCGAAAGAAUUAUACAUAGACAAGAACUGUAGUUUUAAAAAAACGACAAUGACUCCUUGUACAAUUAUGAAGUAAAUUUCUUAUACGACACCCUCUUUACUUUAAAGUAUCUCAAACUCCAAUGAUCGUAACCGUUUAAUUGAUUCACACCAACUUUAGCAUAUGUUAAAAAGUAGAUUGUGCAUGCCUUGGUGAAUAAUUCUUUAAUCAAAUUUCAUUUUGAAACUAGGCUCAGAUUUACUUAACACCAAACUAUCAUCAGCAUAGCAUCACACAGUCAGUUUUGACUACUAAGUCUGCAAAUUUUAUUUUUUUCAAGAUAUCAUUUCAAUAGCAAUUUCACUACUUUUAUUGUAACCUCAAAUUCCUUCUUGACUGCGUUUAUCUUAAAACUUGAAUUUCCGGCGUUCUUGACUUUAAAAACGUCCCCGGUGACAAUCUCCAUUCGAGGUCCCAUUAUGAAGAAUUCAUUAAAAAAGAUCCUGUUAAUUACAGAAACAUGAAUUUAAAUAUUUAUUGCAGAUACACAUUAUACAAUAAACAACUUAACGUUUUUAGCAUGAGUGUGCAACUUUGGUAUUUUGCACUUUUGUAUUAUAUAUAAUCGUGUGUCUAUAUUCAAUACCAAAUGUAAAAUUUGAAAUACAUUAUUAUUAUAAUCAACAAUUGUAAA